GCCUCUCUCACCUCCGCCGUUCGCCGAUUCGCGAGGGUUUGCUGCGUCGCGUACGAGCUGAGGGACGUGGCAGGAUGCCAUGAGCUGUGCCGCCGCCGCCUCGAGCCCUAGCCCUAGCCCUAGCCCCCGAGCGUGCCCGGGGGACUCCUGGUGUGAUGUGCGUGGAGCCGCCGCCGCCGCCCUCUCCGGGACGACAUGGCGGAGGGAAAAGCUAAACCUCAUGAAUCGUGCUGCUCCUGGUCAAUAAAAGCAAAGGGAUUAGCAAGGAAAAGAAGGAAUAAGAGAGAAACACUUGAGGUCUAGAAGAGGAGCCCGGAGAGCAUGGAGGAGAAGGUAGUAGGAGAUGUGAGAGUUCUGAAGCCACUGAUGCACCUGCUGCUGGGGCUGGUGAUGUACUGGGUUGCCGAGGAGAUGACGGUGCCUGUGCUCGUCGACGUUACCACCCGUGCGCUCUGCCCCAGUGAUGACAAUGCCUGCCCGGAGGCUAUCUACCUCAAUGGCCUCCAUCAAACGGUGGGAGGGAUUUUCAGGGCUGUAGGGUACACUUUGAUGGGGCAGCUAGCUGAUGAAUAUGGCAGGAAGCCUCUCCUCCUCCUCACUGCCUCCACUUCCAUCCUCCCUUAUGGUGUGCUUGCCUGCAACAAAUCCAAGGCUGCCAUCUACAUCUACCUUAUUCUGCGUACCUUGUCAUUCAUGAUAGGCCAAGGAACCAUAACCAGCCUUGCAGUGACAUACACGGCCGAUGUGGUUGAACCAUCAAAGAGAGCAUUGGCAUUUGGCUGCAUAACUGGGGUGUUAUCUGCUUCGCAUGCUCUGGGCAAUGGCUUCUCCAGGUUUCUGCCUGAGCGUUGGAUUUUUCAGGUCUCGGUUGUUUUGUUGAUCUGUUCUGUCAUCUACAUGAAAAUAUCUCUGGUUGAGACAUUUCAAAGAGCUUCUUCCGGUUCAUUUGAGCAUAUGUCGUUCUCAUCUUUGGUUGUCAAGUUACCACUGCGGCGUUGGGAGUCUAUCAAGGAUAAUAUUAGCAUAAUCAGAAGGAGUGAAACACUUAGGAGAAUCACAUACAUUUCGUUCUUCUACGAGUUGGGCAUGAUUGGCAUUAGUGAUGUCCUAAUGUACUAUCUGAAGUCAGUAUUUGGUUUUGACAAGAAUCAGUUCUCUGAAAUUCUUAUGGUGGUAGGCAUUGGUUCAAUAUUUUCUCAGAUUUUGGUACUCCCUGUUAUUAUCAAUACAGUUGGUGAAAAGGGAGUCCUAUGCGUUGGGAUACUUGCAUCUGUUGCUUAUGCUCUGCUUUAUGGUUUUGCAUGGAGUUACUGGGUUCCAUAUUUUACUUCUUCACUGGGUGUCAUCUAUGUUCUGGUCAAACCAGCUACUUAUGCAAUCAUCUCUGGAGAAGUAGUCUCAUCUGACCAGGGGAAGGCACAAGGAUUCAUUUCAACUGUGAAAUCCACAGCUGUAUUGUUGGCACCACUGUUUAUGAGCCCCCUGACCUCUUACUUCAUUUCAGAACAAGCCCCCUUCAACUGCAAAGGUUUCAGUUUCUUCAUGGCUGGUUUCUUCUUGGUAAUAUCUUUGGGCAUUUCUUUAAUGCUUAAGCCAGACUGUGGAGCCAAAUGCACAAGAGUUGCCGUUCCAGACCAGCCUGAUCAUGAAGCAGUGCAAGCACCACUAUUAUUGUCUCAACCUUGAACAAAUGGCAAUGACCUGAACUUUGUACAUACUAUUCUACCAGGCAAACGUCUGUGCUAUGAGGAUCACAUUAUUUGUAACGCAAUCUUCUACUCAUGUCGCCAAAGUCGACAUCGGGUUUAUAGCAAAGAUAUUGUACAAGUGGAUGAGUGAAGUUUAUGUAGAAGGUGAAGUUACAGAACUACACAAGUGAGUUUGCACUUUGCAGUUGCAACUGACUGAACCAAGGCUGUGAAGUUAAUAUAGCACUUGGUAGUUUACAUUUUUAUGUGAAAAACACUGAAUUUGAGUUGAUG